AAUAUGCACUACAAUGCAGUCAUAUUUAAUACAAUAUAUUAGGCGUUAUUUUGUCGACAUUUGAUUGUUUAGUGUCUAAUGUUUGUGUGUUUUUUGCCUUUUUUCAGACCCAGGAUUGCAGUGAUUUGAUUGUGAUUGUGGUGAUAAUCAACUGACAUUUGUGCUAUAAAUACAGUGCAUAAUUAUUGUGUAAUCUUCUCGUAUUGGUGGUGAUCAGUGGUGAUCGUGGGAUCAAUUGGUGGUAAAGAUGCCGAAAGCCGUGAAUGUAAGGGUGACCACAAUGGACGCGGAACUGGAGUUCGCGAUCCAACCCAACACUACUGGCAAACAACUGUUUGAUCAGGUGGUGAAGACGAUUGGUUUGCGUGAGAUCUGGUUCUUUGGUCUGCAAUACGUGGACAGCAAAGGAUACGCCACUUGGCUUAAGCUCAACAAAAAGGUUAUGAGUCAAGACGUGAAGAAAGAAAAUCCAUUGCAAUUCAAAUUCCGGUCGAAGUUCUUCCCCGAAGACGUGGCCGAAGAGCUGAUCCAAGACAUCACUCUUCGCCUGUUUUACCUGCAGGUGAAGAACGGGAUACUAAGCGAUGAGAUAUACUGUCCGCCCGAGACGUCGGUGCUGUUGUCGUCAUAUGCCGUUCAGGCGAAGUAUGGCGACUAUAACGCGGAAACACACAAAGAGGACGGCCUUCAGAACGACCGACUUCUGCCGCAACGAGUCUCAGAUCAGCACAAACUAGCAGUGGGAACUCUCCUAGUGGUUGACCACCCGGCUUGUGUUCCCUUACGGAGCGCUCCUGCGCUACUACCUCAUGGACUUCUAGCGUGUCCUGAACCUCUACAUACCGCACUUGAUGAAGCUCUAGGAACGGAUCUGUGGUUAGGAGUGGACGCACUCGGACUCAACAUCUAUGAGAAAGAGGACAAACUGACGCCCAAAAUAGGCUUUCCUUGGAGUGAGAUCCGGAACAUCUCUUUCAACGACAAACGGUUUGUCAUAAAACCGAUCGACAAGAAGGCGCCGGACUUUGUGUUCAUCGCUCCUCGACUUCGGAUCAAUAAACGCAUUCUCGCGCUAUGUAUGGGUAAUCACGAGCUAUAUAUGAGACGCCGAAAGCCGGACACCAUUGAAGUGCAACAAAUGAAAGCACAGGCGAGAGAAGAGAAGUUGGCUAAACAGCAGGAAAGGGAGAAACUGAUGAAAGAGAUCGUAGCGCGAGAACAGGCGGAGAAGAAACAACAGGAAUACGCGGAUCGACUGAAACAAAUGCAGGAAGAGAUGGAAAAGAGACAAAAGGAGUUGAUUGACGCCCAGGAGACCAUCCGACGACUGGAGGAGCAGUUAAGACAACUCCAAAUGGCGAAGGAGGAGAUGGAGAGGAAGCAGAACGAGUUGGAAGAGUUGAUGAAGAAGUUGGAGGAAUCGAAGCAAAUGGAAGCCGCGGAGAAGGAGAAGCUCGAGGAAGACAUUCGUCGCAAACAGGAAGAGGUUCAGCGAAUCCAAGAGGAGGUGCAGCAGAAGGACGAAGAGACGCGUCGUCUGCAGGAAGAGGUUGAAGAGGCGCGACGUAAACAGGAGGCGGCGGCCGCAGCACUGAUAGCAGCGUCGACGACACCACAACACCAUCACGUCUUGGAGAACGAUAUGAUGGAGAACGACGACGAACUCGUGAACGGAGAGACGAGCGUUCAAUUCAAUGGCGACGGCGAUGGCGACAGUGCUAUAGACGUCCCGCGACCUGAAGAGGAACGAGAGACCGAAGUUUCGAAGAAGAAGGACCUUCAGGAACAGCUGAAGCUCUUACAACAAGACUUAGCGCUGAAUAAAGACGACUCGAAAGUAACCAAAAACGAUGUCUUACAUCAAGAGAAUGUCCGACAGGGAAGAGACAAAUACAAGACAUUACGAGAGAUAAGGAAAGGCAAUACUAAGCGACGUGUGGAUCAGUUCGAGAACAUGUAAACACUGUUAAGAGACAGUAAUUUAAGUGAAAUUAUUUUAUACACAGAAAAGACACAAAACAUACAAAAAAUUGUUUUUUCAAGAAUUGAUAGUUUAGUGAAAGAAACAAAAGCAUAAGUCUAACUUAUCAUCAAAUGUUUGGUUUUGUUUUCUGAAACCAUUUCUCUAUAUCUCUAUAAUAUUAGAACAAAACACAAAAAUUAAUGUAUUUUUUCUAUUAAACAAAUAUUUUCUAACAAAACAUUUCUGUCAAUAAGACUUUGAAUCCAAAGGACUUUUGUUGGCAAACAGUUUUGAAUAUAAAUUCUUCGAUUCAUUCAUUCCUUCAAUUGAUUCAAAUAUAUUGUAAUUGUUAUCAAUACAUGUCUGAUUUGAUUAUAUUAUAUAUAUAUUUCUCAAACAAUACAUAAGAAUAUUUUUUUAAGAAUUAUUUUAUAGAAUAAUAUGUAUUGUCGUCACCGAAGGUAUCAUUCAAUUAGUAUUUAUAUGCUAUUUCUGUAUCGCUAUUAUAUUUACAAAAUUAAAGGCAUUUGUUUUUAUUAGAUAUAUUCCU